AAUAUACAAUAAUUUAUAUAUAUACACGUAGUCGCGAAUUGAGCAGAGCCAGUUCAAGCUCACCCCAUUUUAUGGAAUAGAAAAUAACAAAAAGUAGCACAAAUUUUAGUUUAAGCCUAACGAACCGUGUUAACAUGAAGUAUACAAACAAACAUUAUUUAGCUUAACAACGACCUUCACCAUUUAUGCCGGGAACGAACAUGGUAUUUGCAGUGAAGUGGUACUUUGCCUUCUUUUUUGCUGCUUCAAUUUUUGUAAUGUCGUGUAGUGGCCAUGGCAGACUGGUCGAACCACCCAGUAGAGCAUCAGCUUGGCGUUUUGGAUUUCAGACACCACCAGACUAUAAUGACCAUGAACUAUACUGCGGAGGGCUUAGCCGGCAAUGGCAAAGAAACGGCGGUAAAUGUGGAGAAUGUGGAGACGCGUGGGAUGUUCCGGAACCACGACCCCACGAAUAUGGUGGCCACUGGGGAAAAGGCUUAAUUGUGCGGAGCUAUUUGCCUGGAUCUCAAAUGACGAUUCGUGUAGAAUUGACAGCUAGUCAUAUGGGAUAUUUUGAGUUUCGAAUAUGCCCAAAUCCAAAUGCUAAGCAGUCAUGCUUGGAUAAAAAUGUAUUGUCAAUUCUUAAUGGAUCUCCUUCUCAGCCAAAUAAAUCAGAUCUAGAUAACCGAUUUUAUCCUCGGAACGGAAGUUGCAUAUAUGAAAUUUUGGCACAGUUACCAGAUUUUACAUGUGAACACUGUGUUCUGCAAUGGCGUUAUGUUGCAGGCAAUAAUUGGGGUAUGUGUAGCAAUGGUAUAGGAGCUAUUGGAUGUGGUCCACAAGAAGAAUUUCGUUCGUGCUCUGAUAUUGCCUUAACUACAGAAUAUUUGCACCCAUAUCUAGGUCCUAUUAGCGCACCACCUACAAAAUCUAAUGGAAUGCCUGCGAACACGACACAUAAUUCUGUUAAUACACAAAGUGACAAAUUAAAGUAUAUUUUCAUCAUUUUACUGCUGUCAAUACUAAUAUUAGUUUGCCUUGUUGUUAUACGUUUGAAAUUCCACAAUCACAACAGCUUUUGUAUUCAACAAUUUGUUAAUAAUCUUAAAAAAUAUUUAUUUUGGAAUUCAUUUCAAAACAAUAAUUUUAUAUGUGAUGUAUUUACCCUUGGCAAUGAUAAAUUAGGUAGCCGACCCAGUCCACUUCCACGAAAUAAGAGAUUAAAUAAUGAAGUAAAAAAUGUAGUAAUAGAAACAAGCACAGUAUAAAUACCUGUAAGUUGUAAUUAUUUUUGCACGUUUUUAAACACAUUAAUAAAAUAGUUUACAAUUAGUUUAUGUUAAGAAUGGUUAUAUAUAUCAUGUGAUUAAGUAAAUAUUUAUUACAAAUUGUUAUUUUAUAUUAAGCUGUGCACUAUAAAAAACCAAAUUCAACGUG